UACCCUUUCUAAAGGGGACCGGCCAUGGCCAGAUUCCUGCUGCUCCUCCUCGCGUUGCUGCUGCUCUUGGCGGGGGGCAGCGCCACCAACAUCUCUUACGACCACAGAGCUAUCAUCAUCGGCGGGCAGCGCAGGAUUCUCAUCUCCGGAUGCCUUCACUACCCCCGCGCUUCUCCCCAGAUGUGGCCGGCCCUGAUCCGCAACGCCAAGGAGGGCGGCCUCGACAUGAUCGACACGUACGUCUUCUGGGAUGGUCAUGAGCCCUCGCCCGGAAUCUAUAAUUUCCAAGGCCGCUACGAUCUCAUCCGCUUCCUCAAGCUGGUGCACCAAGCUGGCCUCUACGUCAACCUCAGAAUCGGACCUUAUGUCUGUGCGGAAUGGAACUUCGGCGGCUUCCCGGCUUGGCUGCUGAAAUUGCCUGGCAUUCAGUUUAGAACACAUAAUAGAGCUUUCGAGGACAAGAUGGAGGAGUUUGUGAGGAAGAUUGUGGACAUGGUGAAAUCGGAGCAACUGUUUGCAUCCCAGGGCGGUCCAGUUCUAUUCUCUCAGAUUGAGAAUGAAUAUGGGAAUGUUCAAGGGUCUUAUGGAACCAAUGGAAAGACUUAUAUGCUUUGGGCGGCACGAAUGGCCAAAGACUUAGAAACAGGUGUUCCCUGGAUAAUGUGCAAGCAGCCCGAUGCUCCGGAUUACAUUAUAAACACAUGCAACGGGUAUUAUUGUGAUGGCUGGAAGCCGAACUCCAGAGACAAGCCAGCAAUGUGGACGGAAAACUGGAGUGGCUGGUAUCAAUUAUGGGGCGAGGCUGCUCCCUAUAGAACUGUUGAAGAUGUGGCCUUUGCGGUGGCCCGUUUCUUCCAGAGAGGAGGUGUUGCUCAAAACUACUAUAUGUACUUCGGAGGUACUAACUUUGGUCGAACAUCUGGAGGCCCCUUCAUUACCACUAGUUACGACUACGAUGCGCCACUUGAUGAGUUUGGUACAUGCAUGCCUACUACUCGUCGAGGAAAUGCUUACUUCUUAUUCCUUACAGGAAUGCUUAGACAGCCAAAGUGGGGUCACCUAAAGGAGUUACAUGCGGCCCUUAAGCUUUGUGAGACUGCAUUGACCUCUAAUGAUCCACUCUAUUACACCUUGGGCCGCAUGCAGGAGGCUCACGUCUACUCGGAUGGCAGCCUUGAAGCAAAUUUCUCAAACUUAGCCACCCCGUGCGCAGCAUUCUUGGCCAACAUUGACACCUCCAGUGCCUCUGUCAAGUUUGGUGGAAAUGUUUAUAAUUUGCCUCCAUGGUCUGUCAGUAUUCUUCCCGACUGUCGCAACGUGGUGUUCAACACUGCGCAGGUUUCAGCUCAAACGUCUGUAACGAAAAUGGUAGCUGUGCAGAAACCUUCUUUAAUUGAAGAGGUAUCUGGCUCAUAUACUCCUGGAUUGGUCGAGCAACUGGCUUGGGAAUGGUUUCAAGAGCCUGUCGGAGGUUCUGGAAUCAACAAGAUUCUCGCUCAUGCAUUGCUUGAGCAAAUAAGUACGACAAAUGACUCUACAGAUUACUUGUGGUACUCUACGAGGUUUGAAAUCUCGGAUCAGGAGCUAAAGGGAGGAGAUCCUGUUCUUGUAAUCACGAGCAUGCGGGAUAUGGUACACAUUUUUGUCAACGGAGAGUUUGCAGGGAGCACCAGUACCCUGAAAUCGGGUGGACUAUAUGCAAGAGUCCAACAGCCUAUUCAUUUGAAAGCAGGAGUUAAUCAUCUGGCGAUUCUCAGUGCAACUGUGGGCUUACAGAACUACGGCGCUCACUUGGAAACCCACGGAGCAGGCAUCACCGGGUCUGUUUGGAUACAAGGGCUUUCAACGGGGACACGUAACUUGACUUCAGCACUGUGGCUACAUCAGGUUGGUCUAAACGGAGAGCAUGAUGCGAUUACAUGGUCCUCGACAACCUCAUUACCUUUUUUUCAGCCUUUGGUGUGGUACAAGGCAAACUUCAACAUACCCGACGGUGAUGAUCCUGUUGCCAUCCAUCUGGGUAGCAUGGGCAAAGGCCAAGCUUGGGUGAAUGGACACAGCCUGGGCAGGUUCUGGCCCGCCAUCACUGCCCCCUCGACCGGGUGUUCAGACAGAUGUGAUUACCGUGGAACAUAUUAUAGCUCAAAAUGCCUUUCUGGCUGUGGACUUCCAUCGCAAGAGUGGUAUCACGUUCCACGAGAGUGGCUGGUAAACGAGAAGAAUACACUGGUUUUACUGGAAGAGAUUGGAGGGAACGUUAGCGGUGUCUCAUUUGCAUCAAGAGUAGUCGACAGAGUGUGCGCUCAAGUUUCAGAGUACAGCUUGCCACCUGUUGCACAAUUCUCAUCUCUGCCAGAGCUCGGGCUAAGCUGCUCUCCAGGCCAAUUCAUUUCCUCCAUUUUCUUCGCCAGCUUUGGAAAUCCGAAGGGUCGAUGUGGGGCCUUCCAGAAAGGGAGCUGCCACGCUUUGGAAUCUGAAACCAUUGUGGAGAAGGCUUGCAUUGGUAGACAGAGCUGUUCCUUUGAGAUAUUCUGGAAGAAUUUUGGAACAGAUCCUUGUCCAGGGAAAGCAAAAACUUUAGCUGUGGAGGCAGCCUGUACUGAAGCUGUAGAUUCCGCACCUACACUUGUACGUACGUGAUACCAUUUCUUGUAUGAUGUUCUCGAUCGAGAGAGCCUGCUACCACUUAAAAGUUCAAACGAAGCAAGCAAAUUGGUGCUUGCGCCAGUUUAUUGGAGAUGUU